CUGACGCUGCAAAGCUGCGGUGCUGUGCGCGCUCCAGAUUCCCCCUGGAGUCCGAAAUGGGGCUCCGCGUCCCAGAGGCGGGGCGUCAAAUCCGGAUCUUCCAGGGAGUCUGGAAGCCCUUCCGAUUCAAACCCAGCAGCCUCCGCCUCCAGCUCCGCCUUUGCCCGGGACUGGCUGAGCCGUCCUUAGCCUCUCCUUCGCCUACCUCCGGAGGACGUUGCCUUUCGCCGGUCGCUCUCGAUCCUCUCCUUCUCCAUACAGUAUAUACCGGUACAUGGAACGGGGCUCCUCGUUUCUCUUGCCUGAGAUUUCCUGCAACCUGAAGUCCACCACCGUUGAGAUUUUGCCAAGCUGCUAGUACUCCAAUGCAUUCUCCAACACGAACUUCAAAGCCCCCCAAAAUGAGAAGGGAAAUGCCCAAGCAGGUGAAUGGCACAAAGAGUCACCCGGCCACCAGUUGUGAUGAGGAGAAUGGUCUCGGGGAAGAUGUCAAAUCCUUCUUGGGUGACGAACGGCAGCUUCAUUGCUUUGAUGACCUUACCAAAGUGAAUCCUGUGACCACCACAACUGUCCUGAAGUGCCUGCAAGCGAGAUACACCAUCGACGUUUACACCAAUGCCGGCAGCAGCCUGGUAGCAGUCAACCCCUUUCGGCCAAUACCGCCUCUCUACUCGCUGGAGCUCAUGAGGGACUACCACACUGCUCCCCGCCUUCAGGAACUCAAACCUCAUGUUUUCGUGGUAGCAGAGGAGACCUACAGGAAUGUCCAGAGCCAGAUCCCGCCUGUAAACCAGUCCAUCAUUGUGAGUGGCGAAAGCGGAGCUGGGAAGACAUGGACCUCCCGUUGCCUGAUGAAAUUUUACGCCACGGUCGCCUCGUCCUCCACCAUCCCCAAAGGCAGUGUGGCAGUGGAAAGGAUAGAGAAGAGGGUGUUGGACUCCAACCCAGUGAUGGAAGCCUUUGGAAACGCAUGUACCCUUCGGAACAGCAACAGCAGCCGUUUCGGCAAAUACAUCCAGCUUCAGUUAAACAGGUCUCAGCAUCUAACAAGCGCUUCCAUCCAGACUUUCCUGCUAGAGAAAACAAGAGUUGCCUACCAAGCCCCCUGUGAAAGGAACUUUCAUAUCUUCUACCAGGUUUGUGCCAUCGAACGACUGGAAUGGGAUGUCCCCGAAGGAGCAAAAUUCUGCUGGCUUCCAAAUCCUGAAAAGACUCUAGAAGAGGACUCCUUUGAGGUGACCGAGAGGCGAUGUCGCUCGGGCUUGAACUGCUCCACGCAGAAUAAUGUUUUCAAGAUAUUAGCAGCUCUUCUCCACCUGGGUCACAUCUGGUUCUCUGAGGCUGAGGACGAGUCGCAGCCUUGUGAACUGGACGACAGCGCCAAGACUGCUUCCAGAUUAUUAAAGGUGCCUGUAGAGAGGUUGCUGGAAACACUGCGGAUCCGGACGAUAACAGCUGGGAAGCAACGGCAGGUAUUCAAGAAGGCUUGCCCCAAGGUCGAAUGUGGGACGAGAAGGGACUGUCUUGCCAAGCUCGUCUAUGCCAAGGUAUUUGACUGGCUGGUGGCCGUGAUCAAUGGAAGCAUCAAUGCAGAUCCUUUCUGGAGCAACUUCAUAGGUCUGUUGGAUGUUUACGGCUUUGUCUUUCCGCACAACCACCUGGAGCAGCUGUGCAUCAACUAUGCCAACGAGAAACUGCAGCAGCAUUUUGUAGGCCAUUUCCUCAAAGCCCAGCAGUAUGCUGCAGAAGGCCUGGAGUGGUCUUUCAUCAACUACCAGGACAACCAGUGCUGCCUGGAUGUAAUCGAAGGCAGUCCAGUCAGCAUCUUCUCUCUGCUGAAUGAGGAAUGCCGCCUCAACAGACCCUCCAACACCAGCCAGCUCCAAACCCGGAUUGACGUGGCUUUGUCUGAUAACCGGUGUGUUAGCAGGGACCGGUUUAGUAAGGAGCCCAACUUCAUCGUUUCCCAUUACGCUGGGGAUGUCCGCUAUCAGGUGGAAGGAAUGGUGGAAAAGAACAAGGACCCCGUUCCCCCAGAACUGGUUCUGUUGCUACAGCAGUCCCAGGAUUCUUUGCUUCAGAAAUUGUUUCCUGUGGAAACCACAAGCCAAAAAACAAGCACCAAUGACAUCAGGACUCAGAUGAAACCUGUGGUGGUUACAGUAGUCUCCAAAUUCAAGGGGUCGCUCGAGAAGCUGAUGGAGAUCCUGCACAGCACCACCCCACACUACAUCCGCUGCAUCAAGCCCAAUGCAGAUUGCCAGGCAGCUCUUUUCCGAAAGGAUGAGGUUCUGCAGCAGCUGGAGGCGUGUGGCAUCGUGGAAGCUGUCCACAUCAGCGCUGCAGGCUUUCCAAUUCGGAUUUCCUUUGAAAGCUUCGUGGAGCGUUAUAAAGUGCUGAGGAGAUCACCAAAGCAAAACUCAAACACCACGCAUCAGGAGAAUGGCUUCUCGCACAUUAUGGGGAACGAUUUGAUGACGGCGUCUUCUGCAGAGGACAAAAGCGAUGCUUUACGCUCUGCAGUCCAGGAGAUCCUUCAGCAAAUGUGCCCCCCUGAUGCCCCUCCCCUCAAGCCUACAGAGAACCAACCCUGUAUUGUGCCAGUAUAUUGUGGAAAAACCAAAGUAUUUAUGACCAACUCCACGCUGGAGCUCCUCGAAGAGGGGCGAGCCAGAGUCUUAGCUGACAAAGCUUUCUGCAUCCAGUGCUGCUGGCGAAGGUUCAAGAGGAGGAAGCUGGCUCAAGAGAGAGUGUCGGCCACAGUCAUCCAGUCAGCUGUUCGCUCGUGGUUGGCCAGGAAACAUUUCCAGAGGUUACGGAAAGCUGUCAGGGUUAUAAAACGGACCUGGAAGAAAUGGAAGGCCAAGAUGGAUGUCCUGGCCGCAGAGGAGUUGGAUGACUUAGAAGGAAGCCCCCUCUCCUCCAGCCUUAGGGCAACGGUUUCAUUAAGUGAGACACAUAGCAAGUUGGAAAAACCAUGCCCCCUAAAUGCAGCAAUCCAGUUCUGGCCUCUUGGGCUGGUCCUUUCAAACGGCCCAGUGACACUGGGUGCUUUUCAGAGAGACCUCGCCCUCCUGGCCUGCCUCCAAGUGCUACAGCAGAACCACCACCACCAGGCAGAGACCAAGCAGCGCACACAAGGGGUCACCUCCAUCAGAGCCCUCCCACAGGGCUCUAUCAAGUUCCACUGCAGGAAAUCUCCGCUGCUUUACGCAGACACCAGGCCGCACACCCACAACUGCACCAUGACCGGCUUCAACCAGAUUCUCCUCGACAACUACAAGCUCCUUUCAGCUUGAAAACUGACUUCUACUGUACAUGCUUUUAUAUACUAUUUACUGCACCUUUUUUGUGGCUUUCUCACCCAAGAACCUUCAUCAAGCUGCAUCUCUCCCACUGCAUUUAGGAUACUGUUUCCUCAAAAAUGGUUCAGACUGUCAUGUGGUAUGUAGCAUCUCUUGGUGGAAGGACAAAGGGCAAUUCUCUGGGGAAGGCACACCUCCCCAUUACUACAAGCACUAUACACACAUGAUGUCAGGGGGGGUCCUAUCACAGAAUUUCUGUGCAACAUACGUGUUCUGUCCAUCCUGUCAAAAUACAGAAGGACAGGCUGUACCUCAUACACACACUUCUCUGGGGACCAAGGGGGCCUCGUGUCAAUGUACAAAAGCUGAGCGGCUUACACCAACACCUGCCAGAGACAGAGACUCCACUUCACCCAGCCUUGCAUUUAACAACUUGCCUGGUCACCAUAGGUGAUCUGGAAUUCCAUGCAGGCGAGCAAGCAGACUGGCAACCCUCAGGGCUGUUCUGGCCACAGAGGAAAUGAAGCAGUUUCCUCAGAAAGACUUGUGGAGGUGGAAUGCAUCUCCCUGAUCCUACCACAAGCCUGUUUAAGCAAAAGCUUUAAUUUUUAUUUUAUUUUUUACUAGCCAGUAUUUCCUCCUCUGCAGCUGUGUAGGCUACUAGCUUCCUGUCCAGUAAAAAUAAAAUUAAAAUGGCAGGUGAGCAACUUAUUCACCAGAUUGGUUUAAACGUCAGUUCUCUUACUCCAAUUUAUAUAAUCAGGAGUUGGAAGCAAAAUCUCUAAACCAACUGGGGUUUAGAAUUCAAGGCCAUACCUCAGGAAAAUCACAUCGUGAACUACUGUCUUGAGUUCUAAACCAAAGGUAACUUUUUAAAAGUAUUGUGAAAAGGUCUGUUUUAAACAACAUUUUUAAACUUUAUUGUAAUACAGGGUGGUUGUUCUCUCAGAUAAAGAGAGGGAAGCAAACCCACUGUUGCUUUGGGACUUUUUUUUAAAAAAAAAAAUUGCAGCCUUUGCCAACUGGGUUCUCUCCAACUAUAUUGGACCAUAGCACCCAUUCACCCCAGUUGGCAUGCAGCUAUGCUGGCUAGGGCAGAUGGGAUUCUGCAAUCCAAAACAUCUGGUGGACACCAGGUGGGCAAAUCUACUCUGGGUCAAGACCAAGUUUAUGGGUUCAGUCAUUUCAAAAUUUCAGUAAGCAGAAUUCCAAACAGUGCUCAGUCAGGAAGAUAAGAUUCAGUCUGUAAGUACACUCCUUAGGAUUAGAAACAGGGAUCAGUUUCGUACAUUUAGGCCAUUUUCUACAAAUCAAGACUCAAUAAAAACGUCCAUGAUUAUGAAAUAA